CAAGCAGUCGACGUGUUUACAAUGGAUCUGUGAGGGCAAGUAGAAUACCCGUCUCUCUUAUUUCUUAUCUGAUUAUAAUGCACAGAUAAAGAGACCAGAUCCUCAUUAGUUACAAGCAGGACAGACAGACAAAAGCUAGUAACAAUGGGGGCAGGCAGCAGCAGCAUAAGUGACCUGUCUAGUAACAAGUACCUGAAGCGUUUUGUUAGUCCAGAGAUCAUCACAUCAAAUGACCCGUUUUGGAACCAGCUCCUGUCUUUCACAUUCUCCAUACCAAAUACAAGUUCAGACUACCGACUGUUGGAGGAGUCGAUUGCCUCACUCUACCCAGAGCUACUGAACAACAACAAAACGAGUGGGAAUGUGGCCUCCCUGAUACGUGUCUUCCUCUCUAGAGCCACAGAAUUGAAAGCAUCGGCUCAGUGUGAUGACAGUGUGUUCACAUGGCAGGCACACAAUGCAUUGUUUAUAGUUCGAUGUGUAUGUAAGCUGCUCAUCCAGGACAUGUCAGAAGAAGAGGUGAUUGAUGUGUUACAAGCACCACCUGUCUCAACUGAAAAAG